ACAGACUGGGACUGACCAACAGGACAAACGUGAGAAUCAGCAAAACUAGAACACCAUUUACAGCAGCCGCCGGAAAUGGAAACCAUGCAGGAGUUGAUUCCAUUUGCGAAGGAGAUGCUCCGGCAGAGAGCCAACCGGAAGCUGCUGAAGGUUUACCUGUUGGGCUCUGUGCUGGCAGUGCUGGGCACGGCCAUCGGGCUGGUUGAGACUCUCUGCCAGCCCUUCUCCUCGGGCGAGCCGCUGGAUGCAGAGAUGUUCCUCAUGCUGGCCUUGGAGCAGAGAGAAGCUGAAGCCGUUGCACAAGCACAGCCCACCCUGAAAGCCGGGGGACAGGAGGAGGAGGAAGAAGAGCAAGAAGAGGAGCUUGUUCUAGAGAGCCAAGCAAACACCCAGAACCUGACCCCGGCUAAGAGCCACAGACUCAGCCAGCGAAACCUGGCCAAUCGCCUGCAUGCUUCCUAAAUCCACUGCGGGUCAAAGCAAAGUGGCUGGAGAUAUUUAUUGGAGACACUAUUUUUGUUGCACAACUCACAUAAAAGACUGGAGUUUUUCAGAGGAAAGGUGUCUGAACCGACGGACUGUCAGAAUGACUGCAAGGCUCAGAGGUUUCUAAAGAAACAGACAGAGACAGAGAGAGUGGGAUUAUUAAGCAGUACCUGAAAGCCCCAACAUGAUGAGUGAGUCUGUGAGGAAUUGACUCUGUAGUGCCACCUACUGGCAGGUGGUUGUGGGAGGAGAUGGAAGAAGUUUAUCCAACUGUAAAUAUUGCAACAUUUUGUUACUUUCUAUUAAAGUUAAUUUUAUUCA